AUGUCAUCUGGUUAUACUGCUAGUGGAUUGACGCAGGAGAUUAAUCCGGAUAAGAAGGAUAAUAUUACAAAUGAUAAAUAUUUCUUCGGUUUCGGAAUUCACGGUAUAAAGGAAGAGAUACGUAGGGGCAAAAAGUUGCGCUGUUAUUUUUGUGAUAAAACUGGAGCCUGUGUUGGUUGUGUUAACAUAAAAUGCAGGUCCACUUAUCAUCUGCCAUGUUUAUUUGAGUCCAAGGGGUUUGCUAGUUUCAAUACUGCCUUUGAUGCCUUUUGCUAUAGACAUCGUCCAAAACAAGCUUUAAGCGAACGGUUAAUUACGUAUGAAAAGGAGGCACCAACGUGCUGUAUUUGUCUAUUUAGUAUCGCUCCAGAAACUAACGAUGUAAAUAUAGGCAACCUUAUUUCUGAGUGCAAUCGAGGCAUUGAAUCUCUAAAUCUUAGUGAACCUCCAUCUUCGAACAUGCCUCGUCCAAGGAGAUUUAGCCAAUGGAAAGACUCUAACCGUAGCGUGCCUAGCUCUUCUCUAGACAAUGACGAAAAUUUGAAACGUCUUGAGUGGUUGCGUCCUAUUUUGCGAGGGACCUACCGAAUGCCUUUUCUUAAACGAUCGAUAACUAUUUCUGCAUUUGAUUCCUGGUCGCAUGGCAUUAUUCACGGUGGCUGCUGUCCCCCAUCUUGGAUGCAUCGGGAUUGUAUCGCAGGUUAUAGCCGUUCUGCGGGACUUCAUCACUUAAAGUGUCCUCUUUGUUUUGACACAAAGACCUUUAUUCCCACUGUAGUUCGUUUCGGCGUUUGGGUUCCUGAUCGAGAUGCCUCUUGGGAACUUGAGCCACAAACACAGGAGCCAGAUUCAUCGGUUGAACAGGCCUCUUCGAAUAUCUCUGCUCCGACCUCAACCGAGGAAACCUCUGUUUCUACACCUGAAGAGACGGUUCAUCCUGUGUCAGUCGUGGAAACAUCUCGCGUUCGUUCUCGUCGCCAUACUGUCACUAGUUCGCAUUCCACUGCUCCCUCUUUAAGACCCCACAACGGCGAACGACGAAGUCUUCGCCAUCGGCCCUCUUUCCGUUCACACACCUCGACGAAGAAGCCCUGUUUAACAGAGGUCGAGGAAUACGACGAUGAAAACAAGGAGAAUAUUGAACCCCGUUCUUUCCUUUAUCGUUGA